AUGGCCUUCUCUGUAGAAGAAAUCUCGUCUAUUCUCCCUAACAGUUUAUCCGCAAACCCUAGGAAUGUUUCUCAAAAUACUAUUUCCCCUUCCUUUUUCAAGCCCUCCCUUAAACCGUACGCUUCCAAAACCCUAAUCUCAUUGUCAUGUAGACGCUCACUUUCCCCUGUUUUCUCGGCGGGAACAUAUGUCACUAACGUUGACGAAGAUGACAAGCUUCACGAAGAAUGCGGAGUUGUCGGAAUCCAUGGAGACCCUGAAGCUUCCCGUCUCUCUUACUUGGCUCUACACGCACUGCAACACCGUGGCCAAGAAGGAGCAGGAAUUGUAGCCGCUAAUCAAAACGGUCUCGAAUCAAUCACAGGGGUCGGAUUAGUCUCAGAUGUGUUCACCGAGUCAAAACUAAACAAUCUUCCUGGCGACAUAGCGAUAGGGCAUGUCCGGUACUCAACUUCCGGAGCCUCUAUGCUCAAGAAUGUUCAGCCUUUCAUCGCUAGCUGCAAGCUAGGAUCACUCGCAGUAGCUCACAAUGGUAAUUUCGUGAAUUACAAGCAACUGAAGACAAAGCUCGAGGAGAUGGGUUCAAUCUUCAUCACAAGUUCUGAUACCGAGCUCGUUCUUCACCUGAUCGCCAAAUCUAAGGCUAAGACGUUUCUUUUGAGGGUCAUUGAUGCUUGUGAGAAGCUUAGAGGUGCUUACUCGAUGGUUUUCGUCUUUGAAGACAAGCUUAUUGCUGUUCGUGACCCUUUUGGGUUUAGACCACUUGUGAUGGGCAGAAGAAGCAACGGAGCAGUUGUUUUUGCCUCCGAGACUUGUGCUCUGGACCUGAUUGAUGCGACUUAUGAACGUGAAGUGUGUCCCGGUGAGAUUGUGGUCGUGGAUAGAAACCAUGGAGACAGUUCAAUGUUCAUGAUCUCUCACCCUGAACAGAAACAGUGCGUUUUUGAGCAUGGUUACUUCUCACAGCCCAACUCAAUUGUCUUUGGCCGUUCUGUGUAUGAAACACGCCGCAUGUACGGCGAGAUCCUAGCCACCGUGGCACCUGUCGAUUGUGAUGUUGUCAUUGCAGUGCCAGACUCGGGGACAGUGGCUGCUCUUGGAUAUGCAGCCAAAGCUGGAGUGCCGUUCCAGAUUGGUCUUCUGAGAUCACACUAUGCUAAACGUACGUUUAUAGAGCCGACUCAGGAAAUCCGUGAUUUUGCAGUGAAGGUGAAGCUAUCUCCUGUUCGAGCAGUCCUUGAAGGGAAGCGGGUGGUAGUAGUGGACGACUCUAUUGUCCGCGGUACCACGAGUUUGAAGAUAGUUCGGAUGCUUAGAGAUGCCGGAGCAAAGGAGGUUCAUAUGAGAAUCGCAUUGCCGCCGAUGAUUGCAUCGUGUUACUAUGGAGUGGACACCCCGAGGAGCCAAGAGUUGAUCUCUAGUAAGAUGAGCGUUGAGGCGAUCCAGAAGCAUAUUAAUUGUGAUUCUUUGGCGUUUCUACCAUUAGAUAGCUUGAAAGGAGUCUAUGGACCAGUCGAGUCACACAGGUAUUGCUAUGCCUGCUUUACUGGGAAGUACCCUGUGACCAAAACAGAGUCUGAGGAGGCCGACGCUUCAUGA